GGAAAAAGGAGGAUGUUUUCCGCGCAUGGAACCCCAUCGCUAGCAUCACCUUCUGCAUCACGUGGUAUUUUUAGCGCCGGCCAGUGGGUGUGUCCUAAAGCGCCCUGUUUCAUUCAUAACUCAGUUUGCUAUCUGAGCGAAAAUUGAACGGCACCAACACGAAGACGGACGGGGGAGCCACUGGUGUGUUACUGCAAGCUCGCUCUCCAGUUUUAUCCAACCAGAUGGAACGCACGACUCACAAAUAGGAGCCCUCUACGUUUGCUUAGACCAUGAGCGAUGAGUCACCUCUACUAAAGAGUCUAACCGAAAACUCCACUGAGGUGCCUGUGGUGGCAGGGAGCAGGGAUAGCUAUGCGCUGCUGCUGGUCUUGCUGUGUGUGUUCGCCGGCGGGACCGUCCUGCUGCUCACCAUCCUGCUCAUCUUCUGCCACCGCUGCUUCCCAGGGGGCCGGCGCUACUCCAGGGCCAGUGAUGACCUAGAGAAGACCAACACCACCUAUGUGGAGGAGACCCAGCCCAGCCAAGAUAUUACCAUCAGGCUGGAGGGGGUGGACGGGCUGUCGGCCGCAGGUUGCCAUGGCGAUGUGGAGGCGGAGGGCUUCCUGUCUGCGGUGUCCACAGGGCGGCGCGUCUCCUUUAACGAGCAGGCCAUCUACGAGCAGAGCAAGAAGAGCCAGGAGAAAGGACGCCGGUAUACUCUGACGGAGGGUGACUUCCACCACCUGAAGCGAGCUCGUCUCACACACCUCCAUAUCCCUCCACCAGCCCUCAACAUCCUCACCAUCAUGGAGUCCUCAGAAACCAGCAUCCAGCAGCCCAUGGAGGAGGGCCUAAGCUGGUCUCCUCAGAGCCCUAGUGGUGGUCUCCCAGGCGACACUCUCAACUCUGUACUGGACACCAGCUUCACUGAGAGCCUCCCCAGCCUACCAGCGGAGGCAAUGGGGGAGAGAGGGUGGACUAUGGGAGGCCCUCGGGCUGACGCGGACCCGGAGGUCACCAGGUCGUCGUCAGGGGCGACGGUCGCCACGGGGCAGGGUUUCACUAAGAUGUUCCUGACCAAGCUGCGGAGACAUACCAGUCUGGAGGGGGCCAGUCCCUACCUGCGCAUGAAGAGAUGGAGACUGGACUGCAACCAGAGGGCAGCCAGCCUGGACAUGAGAGGGUCUCCUAAGAGGAGGGCGUUCCAGAGGCAACGUGCAGCCAGUGAGACUCUUGAUCACGAGGAGGCGGAGUCUCCUGCGGUGGGUGGGGACUUUCUGUGCUCCCUGGCCCCGCCUCUGCUCCCAGAUCCCGCCUCCUGUCCCAGACGCCUCUCUGCCGGGUCCCUCCCCUCCCCAACUCUGGGCAGGCUAGAGGUGGAAGCGGUGAUGGAGCUCAGCUCAGGGGCAGAGCCUGAGUUGACCUUUGACCUCCCAGUGACCCUGACCAUAAGGUCACACCCUGUGGGGGAGGAGAACGGGCUGGAUGCGGGACACGAGGACGACGAGCUGGAAGACGAAGAGGAGGAGGCUGAGGAUGAAGAUCAGGAGGAAGAGGGAGGUGCGCUGGGAGCCUCUGGAGGAGGCGCAGCAGCAGGUGGAGGACAGGGUGGGCUCCGUGGCUGGGGGGGUCCGGGGGGGCUUCUGCGUCGGAGGACAGAGGGGGCUGCGGACGGUGGAGGUGACACAGCGGAGCCGACCCCAUACCGUGACAUCUGGAGUCUGCGCGCCUCCCUGGAGCAGUACGCCUCCUCCGACCUGAGCUCCAACGACCGCGACUCAACCCGCAGCGAAGCCGACAGCCUCUCAUCACUAGGGGGUGCUGGGAAGGCAGGGGGAGGUGCAGCAUCGGGAGCAGGGACAGGUUCGGGGACGGCUGCUAUGAUGUUCCAGUCGCAGGACAUCGACGAGGAGCUCCCGUACGACGAGCCUCCAGCAGUGACGGAGCUCAGGGAGGAGGAAGAGGAGGAGGAGGACGAAGAGGAGGAGCGGCACAGAGAGAGGAGGCGGCGAGGAGGAAGAGGAGGAGGUGGGGGCGACAGCGUGGACUCGGAGCGAGGGGGCAGUGACGGGGAGGCGGGUGGCAGGAAGCUGCUGCAGAUGGACAGCGGCUACGCCUCCAUGGACGCUCCGCCCCUCGCGGGAGGAGGAGGUGGCGGAGGAGGGAAGACGGCGUCGGAGCGUCGGCGCUACUUCACCUGCACCGGGCGGAAGGGGACGGUAUGUGAGAGCUUCGAGGCCCGCCUCCUGCAGGAGGAUCCCGACGAGACGGAACUGGAACUGGAACUGGAGUCCGAGGAGAACCACGCCGAUGUGGAACCCGAGAAGCUCUCGCUGGCGGCAGCCGCGCCCGUGGCCGUCAUCCCCAAAGAGCCGCGGACCUUACCCAUCGUCAAGUCCCCACUGGCCCAGAAGCCCUGGCUCUAUCGUCGCCGUGACUACAGCAUCGACGAGCGCACCGAGGCCCUCUUCAACGAGUUCCUGCGGCACGACCCGCGCCUGGACCCGCGUCCGCACCACCACCAUUCGCGCUCCGCGCGCUCCUCCCGCCUGCACCUCCGUGCCCAGUGGCAGCACGCCAAGCAGCACAGCGACCCUGGGGGAUCCGCCGCCUCAGCCACCGCCCGGCUCUCGCCCUCCCUGGAGCGCCUCCGCUGGGGGCCACUGAGGAGGGGGGAGAGUGCUGGCUACCCGCUGGACGCCUCAACGCCCACCGCCACCGCCCGCUACCAGCUCCACCACCACCACCAUCACCACCACCACCUGCAUGGGCCCCUGCCCCGUAUCGCCAGUGCGGCUGACGAGGAGAAUAGCGAGGGGGGAGAGGAGGGCACAGAGGAGCCCAAGAGCGCCUCAGGGAGCGUGGACGAGCAGGACACGCUGGAGCUGGAGGAGGAGCAGGUGGAGGUGAGGGGGGACAAGGUGGAGGACAACUGCAGCAACAAUAACAGCAGCAGUAGCAGCAGCAGUGGUGGUGGUGACAUCCGAAGCACAGUCAUGCACUCGGAGCAAGGAUAUGAGAGCAUGGAGGAGAUGGGAGGUCUGAGCGUCAUCCCCACUCCUGGUCCAGAGCAUUGUGGGACCCUGGAGGACCCUGGGUUGCUGGCAGCCGAUAAGAUAGCUGCCAACCUGGAGGAGAGGCUGUACGGUGGCCUGCGAAGGACACACUGUGUCCAGGAGCAAACGGUGGUGGUUGCCUGCGUAUCUUCAGAUGACAUGACCGAGUAGAGAGGCAAAUUAGAAGAAAGACUCAGAUUAGGAUUGCGAUUGGGAUUGGGUUUUUGCUGGUAUAGAGACUAGGACUUGGAUUAGGGUUUGUUGGUGCUUGCCGGACUGCCACCCUGACCCUAACCCCACUCUGCCAGUCUCUUCAUGACCCGUCACCCAACUACCCCCCUUCACACACCCGUGUGACGGAGCCCACAGCAUGUGUCUGCCCUGACGGAGGCUGUGUUCAGAAACAGAUCGGGCUCAGAACUUCCACAUCUCCUCCUGACCUGGACUGUCCUCUCGAGACCGGAAUGCUCUCCAGUCUGUCGGUCCGACCUGCUCCUCGCCCCUGGCUCUGUGCACAGCUCCAGGAGUACAGCAGGGUGUGGUGGCGUCCAGAAGGCCCCAACCUGUGCCCUCGCAUGCUUCUGCAUGGGCCGGCAUGCUCUCGGCUCAGCAGAGGGAGACUGACUGCUACUGAUGGCCAUCUCUCACUGAUGGUGUCCGGUCACUGAUGGUGUUCGGUCACUGAUGAGAGACUGUGUGUGGGCAUCGGUCUCCUGUGUGGGCUGUUCCCUCAUGCUGGCGUCCUUGCGCUGACCUCUCUGUGAAGUCAUUGUGAAAUGCACAGGAAUGGGAGUGACUAAGGACAGAGAUCAAAUCCCCGCUACUCCCCGAAAUGCCCCUGGAACCUCAGCCAGCCCCCAACAAACAAAAACAACAACAACAACACAGAGAGCUACUGAGUCUGGGCCGGAUGAGCGCCACAUCUGGGCCGGAUCAGGGCGGAGUCCCACAGAGACUCACCUGCCCCCGUGGUUCUCACCUUUCUCCAGGGGGAGGGGGAGUAAAUUAAAAAAAUAACUAAUGAAAUCAAAUCAACUAGACCCUGUACACUAUGUAAAAAGUCCUCAUCACCUCAUCCCAUAUCAUUCCCAAGUGAAGAAGUCAGGCUGCUCCAAGCGGAUGCUGUUUUUGGGAAGAAGAUGUAAGAGGAGAGAAAGGGGAGAUCAGGACACACAGGGGCCAAGCUGAUGGGGGUUGGGGGGCACGAGUAUAUCUAACAGUCCCCUGUGGUUUCAUAGUCUAGAUAAGACUACCCCUCGCAACAGGGUGCAGAAUGUGGCUUACUUUUUCACAGAAGCUGGACAUGGCAUGCCCUAAUUCCAGUUUAGUUAAGGUUUAUGUAGUGGAGCCUACUGCAUUAUGGGAGGGCAUUUGAGCUGUCCUCCAGAGCUAGAGUAACAUGAGAAAUGCCCCACGAUGCUCCUGAUUGUGAUGGCUCAGCUUUCCCAUGUAUCUCUCCUGACAUGAUGCCCCUGCCUGCCCGCUGUGUGUGGUCAACAGUAGCCUCCUGUCAGCAUGCUCACUGUGUGCAUAUCAGCAUCAUCUCUAGGAGUGUGCAUCAUGUAGAUAUCAUUAAGACAAAAAAGAAAAACACACACAUACACACACACACAGUCACACACAUAUACACAGUUGAAAACAUUCUGCACUAUAGACCUCUGAAGCCUACAAAAAAGAACCAAAACGGCCAUCUUUGCCCAUAUAAGGAGAUCCGGUUGUUAAUUGAAGCUACCUACCUAUGGCAAGUUGCAUUGCAAGUUAGCUCUGGGGUAGCAAAAAUCUAAGUGUGUCGCCUUCACAUACUGGAGAUCACGGUAUCCACUCGAAGGCAGAGGACAAAAGUGUGUUUAGGAAAACGUCUGCAUUUCAGACUUUUUCAUCCCCGCGAGACUCAGGUGCGAUAAUUCAAAAUCCCCAUGUUAUUUUCCCAUAGGAAAAAUCGCCAGAUACUAGAUGUCAAAGAUGGCUGCUUUUUUGUAGGCAAACUUCAGAGGUCUGUUGCGAGGGAAUUAAAGUCUGCUUGCUCUCUUCAUUGUCAAACAUUUGCCAUUCUACAUGUGAAGAGUUCAGAUGCAAAACCUUCUAAAUCUGUCUGACCACUUUUCUUUUAAAUGAGCAUUUAAAUUCAGGCUCCUAUAGGUUUUUGCCUAUAAAUCGAUAUUUCAGACCAGGAAGAGAGUGGU